AUGUAUCAACAAAUGCAGUUAAUCACUUUCUUAUUACCUUUCCUACUGCUAGGCUGCACAGAAGCAUCACGAUUUUCAACGUCAAACACGGCCAAAUUUGUAGUUAAUGGCUCAUUCAUCCCAGACGUCUCAUUCGAAGCCGGAGAGUCCUAUGCAGGCAUUCUACCUCUAGGAAAUGACACUAAUAGUAACUUAUUUUUCUGGUUUUGGCCCAAUACGGACCAUACGCCGCGAGAGGAAAUUGUGAUCUGGCUAAAUGGUGGACUAGGAUGCUCGUCUCUAGGUGGCCUGUUAAAGGAGCAUGGAGCAAUCCUCUGGCCGAGCGGACUUCCUGCUCUAGUCCGCAACCCAUGGAGCUGGCAUCACAUCAGCAAUAUUGUUUACAUUGACUAG